AAUAAUUAUAUUUUUUUAUACAAAAUAUAUUAUUAUAAUUAAUUAAACUAUAAAUUAUAAAUUAAAAAAAAAAAAAAAAAAAAAUUAAUAAUACAAAUAAUAAUAAUAUAAAUAUAAUAAUAAGAAUAGAAAAUUAAUUAACAAUAAAAUCAAACUCGCAUACACUAUAAAUAAAAAAUAAAAAAAAUAAAAUAAAAAAAAAUGGAUAGUACAACGAGAGCAAACAACUAUUCAUUGGCAAAUACAAAUAGAUUUUCAUUAUUAAAAGAUUUAAUACUUUUUUUAGUGGAGAUAACUGGUGAGUCAUUAGGCUCUUUAUACGAUACCUUCACUUUAGAUGCACCCCAAGCCGUAAAAAGACAAAUUGACAAUUCUGUAUCAGAUGGUAAUCUUGGCCAAAUUCUCAAAGUUAUUCAAGAUAUAUUAAAAGAAACUAAAUAUUUAUUCAAUACACCUACAUCAUCAUCACCAUCUUCAUCAAAUACAACACCAACACCAAAUAAUUUUAACACAAUGCCAAAAUCAUUCAGCUCACCAAAUUUCUAUAGUACCAAUAGUGGUAGUGAAGAAAAUAUAUCAUUAUCAUCAUCACCAAAUGGAUCAUCAAUUUAUUCAACACCAAGCAACUCAACUUUUAUAUCAUCAUCAUCUCCAACCAAGCAACCAUUUAUUGACUCUGCAAAUAGUACACCAAAUGGAGGCAACUCACCAAAUACUACAACAAAUUUAACUGCUGACCAAGUUAAAAUUAAACAAUUAGAAUUAGAACUUUUGAAAUUUAAAGAAGCUGCUGCUACAAUGAUGAAUCUUAAAAAUGCUUCUGCCGCUGCUGCAUCAGCUCCACCACCACCUGUAGCAUCAUUACCACCACCACCACCUCCACCACCACCACCAGUUUUUAAACAAACUUCAAUAAAUCUUAAAAGAGGUGUAAGCUCACCAAAUCUUUCAACUGGUGGCUCUUCUGUUACUGCUGGUCCACCAUCAAUCAAUUUUUCAGAAAUCCUUUUAAAAAAACCAUUAUUAAAAAAAGUAAAUUUAGAUAGAUCACCUGGUGGUACACCAUCAAAAGAAAGACCAAAGGGUGGAGUCGAAGAUGUUUUUAAAGCUAUUUUACAUAAAUUUAAGAAUGAAAAUCAAUCCCCAUGUAAAGGUCAAACUGAUGAUGAAUCUUCAGAUAGUGAUUUUGAAUAAACAACAAAUUUAAAUUUUUACAAAACCAACAAUAACAACCAACCAAUAUAUAAUAGUCAAAUAAUGUGUAAUAAAAAUCAAACAACCAACAAACCAAGAAACCAUCAACCAAACAAACAUGUCUCAUAGCAAUAACUCUUUUUUUUUUCCAAUUUGUAAAUAAUUAUAAUUACAAGUUUUCAAUUUUAUAUCAAAAACAAACCAAUAAUAUUAUUAUUAUAAUUGAAUUAUUAUUAAUAGUAAUAAUAUUUAUUUUUUUUAAAUAAAAAAUAAUUAAAAAUAAAUAAAAAAAAUUUU